AUGGAACUCAUCGACCAUGAUCGCCUAACAACAACGCCAGAGACCUUGAGAUUACUCUUUUGCGAGCUCCGUGAGAAAUGUGCACCCUGUGCCGAAUACUACACCGAUGGUUCCGUUAUCAAUGGAAAAGCGGGAUAUGCAGUAGUUUCCAACUCUAACACAAUAACGACAAGACGAGCAAGCGACGAUAACUCCAUCUUUACAUGUGAAGCAGCGGCGAUCUUACAUACACUCGAAAUAAUCAAAGAGCGACAAGAUACCGCAAAGAGCAUCAUCUUCUCUGACUCAAUGUCUUCCUUAAGGGCUAUUAAAAACCAGUUUACUACAAAUCCUAUCAUUCAAAACAUCCAUCAAGCUCUGGAUCACCUCGGAUCUCUACAAAAACUUGUAAGCUUCGUUUGGACCCCAGCUCAUGUAGGAAUUCCGGGAAACGAACUGGCGGACGAGGCGGCCAAGGCCGCGACAUCUGAAGAUUGUCCAUCGACUACACCUCUGACUCUUACGGAAGCCUACAAACUGAUCCACAACACAAUUAAAAACCAUUGGAACACAAUCUGGCUACAAUCAAAAAGUAAACUCCAUGACUUUCGGAGAAACAUCUUUGAGACAGCUCCAAUAUCCGGCAGAUGGGAGCAGCGAGUUCUAACACGAAUUCGUAUAGGCCAUACGCACCUCAGCCAUUCUCACCUCUUUUCAAAAGAGCCCCACACCAUCUGCCAAAGAUGCAAUGCCCCAUUUACCGUCAAACAUCUAAUGAUCGAGUGCAACCAAUACGAACAAGACAGAAUACGAGCCGGUCUACCGAACGAGCUCACAGGAACUUUAAUGGACCAAAAUGGAUGUAAGAAAGUUAUCUCUUUCCUCAAGAAUAUAUCUUUGUUCCAAUUAAUGUAA